UAGAGCGCAGCAGGCAUCGGCUGACAGGAGCUCUAAGAUCUCCAGAUCGCGGCGGCUGGAGCCGGGGCGAGGCGGCUGGCCUCCAGCUCGUGUCCCCGCGUCCCCGGCCCGCGAGGUUUCAGGGCCGCGCUGGGGCAUGGAAGAAGGGAAGAUGGACGAGAAUGAAUGGGGUUAUCACGGUGAAGGCAACAAGAGCCUGGUGGUGGCCCACGCGCAGCGCUGUGUAGUGCUGCGUUUUCUGAAGUUUCCUCCCAAUAGGAAGAAGACCUCAGAAGAGAUAUUCGAGCAUUUGCAGAACAUAGUGGACUUUGGCAAAAAUGUCAUGAAAGAGUUUUUGGGGGAGAAUUAUGUUCACUGUGGGGAAGUUGUUCAGCUGCCUUUAGAGUUUGUGAAACAGCUGUGUUUAAAGAUACAGUCUGAAAGACCAGAGUCUCGUUGUGACAAGGACUUGGACACGCUCAGUGGUUAUGCAAUGUGCCUUCCCAACUUAACCAGACUUCAGACCUACCACUUUGCAGAGCACCGGCCGAUUCUGUGCGUAGAGAUCAAGCCAAAAUGUGGGUUUAUUCCUUUCUCUAGUGAUGUUACCCACGAGAUGAAGCAUAGGGUGUGUCGUUACUGCAUGCACCAGCACCUCAAGGUGGCAAGUGGAAAGUGGAAGAAGAUAAGUAAAUACUGUCCCCUCGACCUCUACUCGGGAAACAAACAGCGUAUGCACUUUGCCUUGAAGAGUCUGCUGCAGGAGACGCAGAAUAACUUGAGGAUAUUUAAGAAUGGUGAGCUGAUCUAUGGUUGUGGUGAUGCCCGGAGCCCUGCGGCUGACCUGAAGGACCUCGCUCAUCACCUGAAGCCCUUCUUCUUCCCUUCCAAUGGCCUGGCUAGUGGGCCUCAGUGUACUCGGGCUGUGAUCCGGGAGCUGGUACAUGUUAUCACGUGGGUGCUGCUGAGCAGCUCAGAAAAAGGCCGAGCGGGUACCCUGAGGCCCAGGCUGCGAGGCCCACGUGUCUGUGAAGCCAGCCCUUUCAGCAGGAGUCUGAACCGCCAAGGAAAAAACACCUCAGAGCACUCGGGGUUACCGAAGGGCUGUCUUCUAUACAAAACCCUCCAGGUGCAGAUGUUGGACCUGCUGGACAUCGAAGGCCUCUACCCUCUGUACAACCGGGUUGAGCGAUACCUGGAGGAGUUUCCUGAGGAGAGGAAAACGUUACAAAUAGAUGGGCCUUACGAUGAAGUGUUUUACCAGAAGCUGCUGGAUCUGUCCACUGAGGACGAUGGGACGGUGGCCUUCGCAUUAACAAAGGUGCAGCAGUACCGAGUAGCCAUGACCGCCAAGGACUGCUCCAUCAUGAUUGCCCUCUCUCCUUGUCUGCAGGAUGCAAGCUCUGAUCAAAGGCCUGUCGUCCCCUCAUCGAGGUCCCGGCUGGCCUUCUCUGUGUCUGUGCUAGACCUCGACCUCAAGCCCUACGAGAGCAUUCCUCACCAGCACAAACUGGACAGCAAGAUAGUCAACUAUUACUCAAAGACUGUGCAUGCCAAAGACGAUGCUGUGAGGCCGACUCGGUUCAAGGAACGUGACGACUGCACAUUAGUUCUCCAUAAGGUCUAACUUUUUCCUCCUGCAGUGUCUUUGAAACUUGAAUGUGAAGGUUGAAUGACAGAGCAAUUUUUCUGUUGUGUUGGGUGAUUUGGCUAUGAAUGUUUUGCUUUUAACCCCUGUUGAGAUGAAAUUGCCUCUUGGAAACAAGGAAUUGAAGAGCACUAGAAACAUCUUCCAUGACGUGAGUACUGUGUCCCAGGAAGCCGCCCAUGUUCUUACAAUGGAAGUGUCCGUUAAGCCCUGGGGGAGACAUCCUGGGUAGUUCUUCCUUCCAACCAGGGCUCGUGUCUAAUUCUCUCAUGCGAAAAGCCUUAUUUUUAAGACCCAAGGUUUGGAUCUACCAUCAGACUGUUGACAAAGAAACUUGAAUUGUCACGAGCAUCUUAUAGUUUGGAUUUUUUGAGGAAACAUGGAUACUACUGGAACUUUCCCAGCUCUUACUGGUCAUUGUUUCAAUGCAAGCCACACAUCAGCACAGGCUUUUUUUUUUGGGGGGGGGGGGGAGAAUCCCUGCUGCAGAGAGGGGUCAGGGUUAACGUGGAUCUCAGUUCUGAGUGGUCUAGACUCAGGGUCCCUGUGGAGGUACCAGAGCCCAUAGCUCUGUUGAGGGGCAGCAGGGAGCACAAGACUCAGGUCAGGACGGACGCCACUCACAUGAGCAUUGACUUUGGUUUUGCUUUGUGACUUUUUUCUUUGACUCUAGAGGGAGGUUCUUCCCUACCUGAAACUGCUGCUGUAGAAGCUGGAGGCAGGAGCCGUAGCUCGCCGCGCACGGUGGGUGUGCUCCGCAGCCCAGCGUUGGCCUGCCUCGCUGCUGUCUUGGGGGCUGAGGAACAAGCCACACUCCUCCCUCUGGUUUGCCCUGAGGCAUGUCGGGUGUGUGGCCCAGGGCCACUGUUCCCGGCUGGGCUGCUGAGGGCUCCUAGCUGGCGCCUAGAGGAUUCUUGUUGGGGUCACCAAAAGUGUGCCUGGCUGCUAUGAAAUCAUUGGGAAUCUUGGCUUCAUUUUUUUUUUACUCUAUGGUAGGUUGUACAGACUGAUUAUUUAUAUCAUUGUUUUGAGGGACUAAUGAAGGCUUAUUGUAACAUAUAAUAUUAGCAAAAACCAUAGAAUUGUAUGUAAAUGCUACAUGAAAAAUGAGGAAAAUAUUUUGCUGAUUGUAAACUUUUGUGGAAAAUUUUGUGAUAAUUUGAGAAUUAUACUUGUUUGAAUCAA